AGAAUGGAAGACACCGCAGAAGAAAACAAUGAAUCAAUAGAUGAUCAGCCAUCAACUUCAACUGCAACUGAUCCCAAUCAAACACGAGAAACUGAAAAAGAAAAAGGAGACGAUGAAAUGUUCCGUUUACUUCAAGCAACUGAUGAAAUAUUGGAGAACAAGGCAAAAUCGAUGAAUUUGUCGUCUCUAAACGUUCGAUCUAUUCUUCACCAUCUUAUUAAAUAUCCUUCUACAAUUGACGUUCUUCUUGGAAUUCGAGAAAACGAUGAUCUUCCAAGCGUCAGAAAUAUGCGAUCAAGAAAAAAACCCGAUGACUCAGGUGCUUCAUCUACAGUCAAUACUCCUAAAAAGUUCGGCGCUCUCCGCAUUGAAGAUAGAGGUCCGAAAAGUUUUCUUGAUUUGGAAUACGAAGAAGAUGAUGAAUACGAUGACGACUACAUUGAAGAAAAUGACACGUCGACGAGAAAUAAAUUAAAUGCUGGAAGUGAAGAAGAUGAAGAAAAUGAUGACGAGGAGGAAAUAGAAGACGAAGGAGAAGAUGAGGACGAUGAGGAGCAGGAUGAGUUGGAAGAAGAUGGAGAACAUGAAAUCACUGGAUCGGAAGCAUGCACAAGUGGUCAAAACGAUACAAUGCAUGCUUUGUUGUUUGACGAAACAUCAGAAGACGUUCAGAACGAAGAGGAUUAUGUUUUAAAUAUGACUCUGAAUGAUACACGUGCUGAAUCUGUUGCUCCAAUUCCAACUCUUGACAAUGUAGAUGAUGAUGGAUUUUAUCGAGAUUUCGUUACAGGAAUUAAUCGAACAGAAAAAGAUAAUGAUAAUCUGGAAGUUCUCGAUACUGAAGAUGAUCCAGAUGAUGAAGAUUAUAAUGUAUGUGCUGAUGAUGGCCUCAACGUAGAAGAUUGGGAUGAAACGCGGCAAGAUAAAACAACACAAAUUCCACGACACGAGUUAAAAGCACUAAUGAUUGAUACUUUAUUGGCUGAAAAAGAAAUUCCUUUGAACGCAUUUCCAGAAGAAGCAAUAAACGGAGAAGAACAUAGGAAAAGUCAGAAAGUGAAGGAUGCUGAAGUGUACGAACGCAUAAAUACUUCAAUAUCAUCUUCAUCGGAAUCAUGUUCUCUCCUCAAAGACUCUCUUGCCACAUUUCGUCCUCAAGAACUUCAGCAACUGAACAUGCAACUGGAACAGCACGUUCAACUUCUCACUCAAUUAGUUGUUACAUGUCAUCACGAUGUAAACUUGUCUCAUGUUAGAAAUAGUUCUCAGCUAAUGAUGAACGAACUUGAUGAUAUUCGACAACAGAAAAUUUAUCCCACUGUAUUUGAUGUACGCAAUCUGGAUGCUGCCAUAGAAUCGUGUCAUGAUAUAAAUGCUUUUGAUGCAGUCGAUGAAAGUUUUCUUAAGUAUGCUGAAAAUACAGAAGGAUACGGUGGAAUUGCAUUAAGGCCGGAAGCUGCCGUCGUCUUGUCCAGAAGCAACGCUAUUCGAUAUCCAGCUCUACUGCCUUCAAGACAACCUUUUUUUAUUGAAACUCCUAUUCCAUUUUUGAGUGAAGAAGAUCUGAUGUUAGCUGUCGCUUUAUUACAAUUUGCUCAUCUUCCCAGGCGCGGGGAAAAAGAAAUGAUAGAUAGGUACACUGCUAUUCAACAACAUUGUCUACCGGCUAGAAGUUCGUACAAAAUUCGAACACAUUUAAAGUCAAUGCGAAGGUCGGACAAGAACCCAAUUCAUCAAAUAAUGCAGGCUGCGGAAAAAGGAGUGUGCAAACUUGUAUUGCCAUUGAAAUCUUGGCAGGAAUCAGAUACUCCGAUCUGUCAAUGGCCUCCAGCUUCGCAGCCAGGAUGGUAUCGUCGGUUUCAGGAAACAUUUAAUGUCACAGAAGAACGAAAAAUCCUUCGUAAGCAUGUUUCCACGAUGGUGUUGACUCCUGUAAAAAAUAAAGAUAGGCAAGAUCAAGAAGCUUCGGAAGCGACUUUUGAAUCUGGAGAAGAAGGAGAAGACGAUGAGUUCGUGAACAUGGGCACAGCGCCUGAUGGACGGAAGAUAAUAAUGGGAAGAGAACAUAUAGAAGAUCUUGUACAUCAAUUGAUUAAACAGAACGAGAUAUCCCCAUCAAAAAGACGAAAAAAUCCCACCCCGAUGAAGCUCAGUACGAUGAUUCAACUUGAAGAAGCUGAAAAGCGGAUCGCUGAUAGUCAAAAGAAUAGUUGUGGCGGUCAAACAAUAUCCGCAUUAUCAAAUGUUUCGGGUGAUUCCAAUGUAGAUAAUAACGGAACACACGAGAAAGAAUUGAUGCCUUCAACGUCAUCAAUUGAUAGUUUGGAGUCCAUAAACAAUCAGGAAACUUCAAAAUUUCCAAGACCUCUACCAAUGUCUGAUCAACCAACAUUGAACACUUCGUGUCACAUUACUACCACAACGUGUUCCGUGAGUUAUGAAGACGUCGACGUUGGCACACUCAAAAAAUCAUAUGUUGAAAUAACAGCAAGUAAAUAUGAAACGAAUUCGAACUCGUGUUUCUCGUAUCCGAUUCCUCCAACACCAGGACGUCGAUCUCCUGAUGACUUCGACGAUUAUUUCAUGGACUUGGAGUCGAAUAGUCUUAUGUGGCCUCAAACACCGUAUGCUGUUACCGAUGAAAAUCCACAGACACCACGAGGGUUCUCUGCUUCUGAAUCUUCUGAACCAAUCGAUUUUUCAUCGCUGGGAAAAGCUACAUCACUGGAUACUGAGGAGAUCGUUUUCCAAUCAACAUCAUGCCAGAGACCAAUGGGAUACUGUUCUGAUUUUGGAGAAUUUUCAAACUCUUCAUCAUUACCUGAAGAAAUACCUGUACCUUCUCAUCAAAGAACUCCACAAGAAUCAGCAAUUGAAGAUGAUUCGUCUAUGCCAGGUCUCGAUAUGGUACCAUUGUAUGAGGAAGACGUUGAGGAAUGUAUUAUUGAAGAUAUUGAAGAAGAAGAGGCUCCAAUUAAACAAGGUCUUGUCAAUUCUAGACCACCAUUAAGAUUUAAAAAAGAAGUGAAGGCUGGAAUUACGAAUUUAGCCCCUUCCAGAAAGAGGACCAGAAUUGAAAGAGAAGCGAUGGGAUCUGUUGGACUGGAUGAUGAGCAACUUCAUGACAAGCAGAAAGAAAAUAUCAUGAGAAAAGUAAUUGAAGACGUAAAUCAAAGACUUUUCAUGCACACUGAUACAUAUCAGCGUUUCAAAGAAGCAAUUACUGAUGAAAACUUGACUGAUUUUGAGAAAGUCACACGAACAAUUAUUAUCCUGGCUAAUCAUCCCGAACUUCUGAAUCUCGUUCUUCUCAAUGCUCCACCAGAAGCUGUCAUUUCAGACUUACAAUGUGAUCAUAAUUAUCAAUCAUAUAAAGUAGCGAUUGAAAUGAUUAUGGACAUUGAACGUUAUAUUACUGCUGCGAAACUGAAGGAACCAUCAUUGAAAGGACUUUUUCGAUAUAUUCAAAGCUUUUUAGAGGAUAAACCAAAUAUGACCGACGAGCAAGCAACCAAACGAUUUUAUGAAUUAUUUGGUCAAGACCGCCCAUUGUGGAAGAAAUUGGAGUCAAGAUUCUGGUGUCUUCCGUACAAAGCUAGACCACGCCUUGAAAAUUACGAAUACAUUGACUUGACUGGACUAGAGACAAUGUCGAAACGAGAGAAGCGUGACUGGAAUAGCAUUCCUCCGCGAUUUGAGACGGUGGAUGAUAUCGAUCAAGUAAUGGGAAGUGUUUAUCGGGCGUCAAAGAAUGAACCACCUUCAAAUUUAGUUGUAAAAUGUGGAGAAUUUUGCAUUCGAAAUGACGACGAAACCUAUACCCAAUUGGAAAUUACUGAACGACUUUGGACCAGAAAAGAUGACAUAUCUCUUUUGACCAGCUAUAAUGAAGCUCUCAAAACCAUACCCAACUUUACCGUAUCUCAAAUGCCAUCCUUGAUAUCCGACCUGUCAUUCGGAGAAAAAUCAAUUAUCGCACGAUUACAAUAUCUUCUUACCGAACUUAAAUCUCUUGAUUAACUUUGAAUAACUUAAUAUCUUUUGUGUCAUUUAAUUUUGAAACUUUGAAGAAAAUGUACAUUUUAUUUUC